CCUCUCUCUCUCCCUCUGCAUCCUCUUGUCUCUCCUCCUCACCCUUUCCAUCUCUUCCUCCCUUAUCCUUCACUCCUCUCCAGCUGCCAGAAGCUCGCAGGCUCGGCGCCCCUGACAAUCCAGCCGCCGACAAUUCAGAAGCACCCCGGACAAAGACCUCGCCACAGAAGCCAAGAUGGCAAUGAGCAGCAUCCUCAACGCCGAUGACAUCAAGAAAGCUCUCGACGCAUUUGCAGUUGCCGACUCUUUCGACCACAAGAAGUUCUUUGAGAUCGUUGGUCUGAAGUCCAAAUCCCCCAACGACGUGAAGAAGGUCUUCACGGUGCUGGACGCCGACAACAGCGGCUUUAUAGAGGAAGAGGAGCUCAAAUUCGUCCUGAAGGGUUUUGCCAAGGAUGGCAGAGACCUGACAGACAAAGAAACCAAAGCGUUUUUAAAAGCGGCUGACAAGGACGGAGACGGCAAGAUUGGAAUUGAUGAAUUUGCUGCCCUCGUGAAGGAAUGAACAGCCGCCCAUCGCCGUGACGGAUCGCCUCCCAGCCCUCACCAUCCCGACUCCAUGCUCACCCCCUUCCCCACGCCUCACUGCAACCUGCCCCCCACCCCACCGACCGACCCAGGCCAGAACCCGCUUCAAGCGCUCCUUCCCUUUAACCUCAGACUCACUGCUGUCUCCACAAAGUCAAACGCUGCAGUGAAGUCGGCUGUGCUACGCAGACCCUCCCCCUCCUCUCGUCCCACACCGCAGUUUAAUAAUUUAUCCUGUUUUUUAUACAAACUCUUCACGUUUCUGUUCAUGUAUAGAUACGAAACACUCCUGCAACUAAAGUUUGUACUUUGAAGCAUAUGUAGAUAUUUACAGAGAGCAUUUCCUUCCACUUCCUGACCUCACCAUCUGUCUAAUCUGCUUGUUCUUCUGUUUUCUUCUCUCCAUCGACGUCACCGAACCCCGCCGCCCCAUCCAUCCAUCUGCUUUCCAUCUAUCACUUUAUCCCCCCGAUAAUGAGCUGUUGUAAAAAAACAAACAACACAAUAAUGGCAGAAGUCAAGCUGUGAAAGAAAAUAAAAGAGUAAAAUACAAAAAGUCCGGACAACGUCUUCUGAUAUGCUGGGUUUAUUUCUUUUACUUUCAAUCUACAGUUCAAGAUUUUACACUCAGUCAGUCAACAUUGGAAAUAAUGUCGUACAGAACUUUAAAAAUGACUAAAAUCAACCUUUGGGCAAACAAGAUUUUCUCCAAUUCACACAAGCUCAAAAAUGUCCAUAUGUCUUGUUUGAACAACCUGAAUCAGCCGUACAGCUGCUGAUUUGAGAUUAAGUUCAAAGAUUUGGAAGUGACUGGGAAAAAAAACAACUAAAUAAAUUUUUAAAAAACAGCUGGUAAUCCAUGACAGGCUUUUUGAUUCUUGGAUCGUUUUGUCCAAUUUUUUGUUUCAAGAUCACAUAAAAUCCCAGCAGGAUCUAAAUUCAGAUUUCUCUCAACAUUUUUGAAAAUAUUUGGAGUGAACUUAAAA